UCUAAUAAAUGUGAGUUGUUUGUGGAUGGAUCACUCGAUCCUGUGGGUAUAGGGCAGAUUCACAUAUUAGGGUCCACUGUACACCAUCAAGUCAUGGGAGAUGAUAUGGUUAGGGUUUCAGUGUUGGAUGUGAGACAACCAGAGGCUAGAGUUCCUAUGCCCACAGAGGAGGUUCAGACAAUGGGACAAGCCUUGAACACCUUCCUUCAGUGGCCUUAUAAGUUAGUAAAGGUGAUAUCUACGAAGGAUAUUGUUACCUCACCAAAGGGUAAAGGGACGGUCAUUGUUACCCCUUCUAGAAAUCUUCCUCCAAUAAAAAGGCUAUGGAGAUUAGUUGCAGAUAUGGAAGAUGACGAGCAACCCAAACAACUCCCUUGGCCUCCUGAAGUGUUUAACAUGUCUAGUAAAGUACCUCUAUAUAUAAGUCAGAGUGAUAUAUCAGAGAUUACAAAUGGUCAUUGUAUGCUAAACAUAUCAAUUUUGCAGUUAUGGUUGUUAUUUAUCCAUAAAUUGAGCAUGGAUAAGGGAAAUGAUCACAUAUAUGGAUUUUUGGAGCCUGAGUCAAUCCAAAAAAGUGGGAACAAAGUCGAAGAAAUACAAGCUUACAUUCAAAAUUGGAUGUUCGACUCAAAUAAAAAAGUUUACUUGGCCCCUUAUUUUUCUGAUGCUCAUUGGCAACUUUUAGUUAUUUGUCCUAUGGACAACAUAGCUGUAUGCAUUUGCUCGUUGCAUAAACCUCCUCCUAUGGAUUUUAGACAAUUAUUAGAUAGGGCCAUGGAAGGAUAUCAUAUACUUAAGGGUUCAAAGAUGAAGAAAAAAAUGAGUUGGGUCUCUCCUAAAUCUCAUAAACAAAAAGGAAAUUAUGAGUGCGGAUACUAUGUAAUGAAGACAAUGCAUACUAUUGUCGAUUCACAAAUAGUAUCUGGGUGGACUGAAAUAUUUAUAGAUCGAUCACCAUUGCCGCUAGAAGACAUAAACAUCAUUAGGGAGCAAUGGGCCACAUUUUUUAUUGACCAUUACUUUAACUAGUUUGGGCUUAUGUUUUAUAGUAUUGCUUUAACUAGUUAGAACUUACAUUUCAUUGAGCAAUGUAGUCCAUUUAUGUAUUAGAAGUAUUUAAAACUAUUCAAUUAUAUAUAUAUAUAUGAUUAACAUUUAUCAUCUUGUCAUUUGUAUGCGAUUUGUGCUUCAUUGAGAAAAUAUUUUGAACUGUCUGGUUUUU